UUCAAGAUACAACAAUACCUGGACAAGCUAAAGAGCAGAGGGAGCCAUGAGGACUCAAGGCAACUUAGGGUGCCGCGGCAUCUCAGGGUGCCGAGGCUUCGUUGCUCGCAGCCGGGGUUGGGCAGGGUAGAGGACCGGAACUCCAAGCAGGGUAAAAUGAACAACACCGUAGUGGGUUUGGGCCACUUAAAUGCCAGGGUAAGAAACUGGGGCCUCAUUCAGUAGGUUGCGGAGAACUGUUGGGUAUGUGUGAGAGAGCUGUUGAGCAUGUGUCGCGAUGGUGGGACUUUGACAGUCUUACUAUACGAUCUAGGCCUGGUCUCUGUGUCCUGAACACUGGGGCUACCGAUAUGUACCCUAUGGUUGAGCUUCAUGGAUGAUCCAGGUUUUGUUCGCAUUUAUUGCUGGACAUUCCAGCCCUCACGUUCUGGGACUCUGUAAGAUUGAACUCAGUUACAUCUCAUCUGAAAUCUCCACACUCCUUCCUUUUCUCCUCUUCCUUUAAGCAUCUUGAGACUCGGUUCGCUUUCUCCUAGCUUGGGCGGGUGUUUUUCAAGGUUCCCAUACUCGCUCUGAUUCUCCCACCCUUCUCUGGAUUUUGCUAGAUGGUAAAUUCUGUUGAUCCUCGGGACAGUAUCUUUCUUGUUCAUCCAUGUGUCUCCAAAAACCCAGCACGGGGCACGCAAAUGGGGGUGAAUAGAAGAAGGAGGGUUGAGAGGUGGACCCCCGGAUCUCUCGGGCUCUCCCUGUGCUCGGCUAAGUGGGUCCUCUGAGAACAAUGGAAAAUCUCAGGUGUCAACAGGGGUGUUUGACAGCCAGAGACAUACCUUCAACUUAAACAAUCAGUCUCAUAUUUUCACAGGAAACAACCUGUCUACAGGAACAAAUUUCCGUCUCCACAUCUUCCUGAGAACAAAGUGAAGCCAGGUGUAUUUCCAGGCACGCCUGGGAACUAUGUGAGGGCCAGUGAGGCGGAGGGUUACUUUCCAGUACUAUAACCCUCCGCUUGAGCCGUAUCACCUCGGCUGCUGCUCCGCAGACCACCAGGGGGAGCAAUCUCACCGUAUCUCUGGCCUUGGCAGGUUUCACGCAUUCCAGGGUGUAGUCAGGAACUCUGGGAAUUGUAGUCCUGGGAUGGCAAGGCGGUCUAUCGCGUGCGCCUCGGGACUUGUAGUUUAACUCUUAGAGGCAGAACAUAGGUUUAAACUCGCAUGCUGAAUGAAUGGAACUACUACUCCCAGAGGGCCACGGGCUCUAGGGCGGUGUCGGGUUUCCGUCGAGCAAUCCUAAGAUUGUCUCAGAGUGACCAGCUUGACUGGGCGGCAAGUUCAGGACGCCCAGGCUUUGAUCCCGCUGGUGAUGAGAUGGGGACCGGACCGUCUGUGUGCUUCCCAGCCAUCUCGGGACCCCACCAUGUUGGCUGCACAGAUGUGAUGGAGGGUCAGAGUCCUGAGGGGAGCUUCUUCCGACUCUUCUACCCCUGCCAAGCAUCUGAGAAGUACGAGCAGCCCCUGUGGAUUCCCCGCUAUGAGUACUGCUUGGGCCUGGCUGACUACCUGCAGUAUAACAAGCGCUGGGUGGGGUCUCUGUUCAACCUGGGCAUCGGAUCUUGUCGCUUGCCUGUUAGCUGGAAUGGCCCCUUUAAGACAAAGGAAUCUGGAUACCCCUUGAUCAUCUUAUCCCAUGGCCUGGGAGGCUUCAGGGCGCUGUACUCGGCCUUCAGCAUGGAGCUGGCCUCCCGGGGCUUCGUGGUUGCUCUCCCGGAGCACAGGGACCAGUCAGCUUCAACCACCUACUUCUGCAAGCAGACCCCGCAAGAGAGCCAGCCCACUGAAUCUCUGGAGGAGGAAUGGAUCCCCUUCCGCCGAAUCAAGGAAGGGGAGAAGGAGUUCCACGUUAGGAAUCCCCAGGUUCACCAGCGGGUGAGAGAGUGCGUGCGGGUGCUGCAGAUCCUGCAAGACGCCUCUGGCGGGAAGACGGUCCUCAAUGUCUUUCCUGGUGGAUUGGACCUGAUGACCCUGAAGGACGGCAUCGACAUGAGCCGGGUGGCCGUGAUGGGACACUCCUUUGGAGGAGCUACAGCCGUUCUUGCUCUGACUCAGGAGGUCCGGUUUCGGUGCGCUGUGGCCCUGGAUGCCUGGAUGUUCCCUCUGGAACGUGACUUUUACCCCAAGGCCCGGGGCCCUGUGUUCUUUAUCAACGCUGAGAAAUUCCAGACAGUUGAGAGCGUCAACUUGAUGAGGAAGAUAUGUGCCCAGGACGACCAGUCCAGGAUUGUGACUGUCCUCGGAGCUGUUCAUCGGAGUCAAACCGACUUUGCUUUCGUGAACGGCAACCUGCUUGCUAAAUUCUUAUCCAGUCACACUCGUGGGACUUUGGACCCUUAUGAAGGUCAGGAGGUUAUGGUGCGGGCCAUCUUGGCCUUCCUGCAGAAGCACCUUGACCUGAAGGAAGACUACGAUCAAUGGAACAGCUUCGUGGAAGGCAUCGGACCAGCGCUCAUUCGAGGGAGCCCCCCACAUCUGGCCAGUUUGUAGGUCACUCGAACCGAGUUUCCACGUAGGAGCCGCCCAAGGAUACUUGUAACCUAGUGGCAGGAUCCUUUCUCAGAGAUUGAGAGGGGGUAAUCAGACUCCAGAUUGGGCAGCUGGGCCCUUUGCUCUUGGAAUCGCUGAUCUUACAGCUCAGAGCAGCUUGCGAACAAAUCACUAGCUCACGGGAAGCUGACAUUUCCUCCCUCCCUCCCUCUCUCCCUCCCUCCCUCCCUCCCUCCCUCCCUCCCUUCCUUCCUUCCUUCCUUCCUUCCUUCCUUCCUUCCUUCCUUCCUUCCUUCCUUCCUUCCUUCCUUCCUUCCUUCCUUUUUUUCUUUUUUGUCAAAGACUUGUAUCCCAGCCUGGCUUUGAACCUACUGUGUGAGGAUGACCCUCCUUCCGAGUGACACCCAUUGUCACUAUGCCUGGUCUUUAUACAGAGCUGAGGAUCAAACCUGCCCAGAGUUAAUGACUGUGAAGUAUUAGGUGCUGAGGAUCUGUCCCCGAUGACAGUCAUCCGCGCCUCUGUCCCAGGGCCUGUUCACUUCAAAUAAGAACAGUGUCUAGCUGCUUGCCAGAGCUCGCUCUCUUGGCUUGGGGCAUUUCUUCUGUUCCAGCCAUAGUUACCACGUGGAAUCAGGAGCAAUAGGUGCCAUUAUUGCUAGCCCCGACUCCCACCACAGCCCCCAUGGCCCCCACACCCAGUAUUUUUGGUGUCCAGUGCUCACCUCAAGGAAAACCCAUGGAUCUGUGGUUGCUGCUCCGCACUGACUUUACAGAGAUUGCUGUAUAAGUUAGGCCACUAUAUUAACUGAGCCACAUCCCCGACCCUUGGCAAGUUAACUUUCUGAGACUGAACUAAGAGAAUAAGUCAUGGGGUGGGACUGGUUGAGCCCCCAGCCCCAGGCUGAACCCAGUGAAGCCUGGAUGUGAAGACUUGACUGGGUAAGUCCGCUCCCUCAUCGUGGGCUAGCGUUGCCUCUUGAAUGCAAGCCCCUGUUCUCCUGGUGUUCUCCACCUGACACCUGUUUGUCCCAGUGUUGUCCUGCUCUUCUCUACCUGCCACCUGUUCUCCUGGUGUUCUCCACCUGACACCUGUUGUUCUGGUGUUGUCCUGGUGUUCUCCUGCCAGGUGUUCUCCACCUGCCACCUGUUGUUCUGUGUUUCCCACCUGCCUCCUGUUCUCCUGGUGUUCUCCACCUGACACCUGUUGUUCUGUGUUUCCCACCUGCCUCCUGCUCUCCUGGUGUUCUCCACCUGAUGACACCUGUUCUCCGGGUGUUCCCCACCUGCCUCUGGUGAGGUACAACACCAGGUCGCUCUCUGGUUUCUCACUUUUCACUCUCGCCGCUGUAUAAGAAACAGUAAUGGGCCCUCCGUCCUGUUACUCUUAGGAGCCCAUGCGGGCCAACAGUAUUGUCCUCAGAACCCAGAGAAAGACACAGACACCAAGGAGUCCCUCAGAAGCUGAGCGCCUUUGAGGGUUUGCGAGUGUAUCUUGUCAGGAAACACCCUGAGGAGGUGGAGACAGGCUGUGGACUAUUAAUGGGGCCACGCUGUAAUUUGCGCAGACCAGAGGGCACUGGGUUGGUCAGCUCAGCUGCGGGAAUGUUCCUAGGGAGGUCUGAGGUCAGCUUGGUCUUGCCUCUUACCUCCUGUGCCAUGAACUACCAACUUGCUCCAAAUAUGGGUACUUUAGUCAUCUGGGUUUUUUUUUUAUUUUUUUUUUGAGGCCAUCACCCCAAAUUUAAGAAACACACAGACUCUGCAUCCUGUCCUGUUGAAUAUUGGUGCUCAUGCUUGCCUGAUGACAUGCUGUAAUACGGAGUCUGUUUAAUCUGCAUUAGAGCAAGCCGGGGAACGAUCUGGAAGUGGCUUCUCUUUGUUUCCCUUUGUUUGCUAGUCGUGUUGAACCACAUGAUAAAUCUUGGGGAAGAAAGGUAGUAUUCCCAGAGUUCCAAGCUCUGUGGGAAGGCCCACCUUGAACUGCAUCUCUGCCAUACAAGACAUGUAUGUCAUCUGAGUCUAAGGAGGGAACUCUAGGAGGGCAAGUUCAGAAGGGAAGUGGAUCUCUAUGCAGUAGUCCAGGAUCAGGGCCACCAAAGCAAGUCAGUCAGGACUCUCUCUCUCUCUCUUUCUCUCUCUCUCUCUCUCUCUCUCUCUCUCUCUCUCUCUCUCUCUCUCUCUCUCAGAGGCGUGGCUCAACAGCCACACAGCUGGGCUUCACCCUGGCUCCACCACUGCAGGAAUCAGGGCAGAUUCUGUUGUCUUCCCAACCUCAGUCCCCCGCAUGUGAGGGCCUGUGUCACAAACUGUUGGGAUGACUGAGUGAGGGGACGCAUGACCCAUGGGUUAUUAAAUGUGCAUUUCCCACUUCCCACCCAUGCAUUUUCUAAUUGUCUGUGUAUCUCAGUAAGAAUGAUCCACAUGAUCUCCGUCCUUCAAGAUUUGUUGAAACGUGAUUGUUGGCCCCCUUGACGUCAACUCUGUCAGUGUUCACUGUGUGAUUAAAGAGCCUGUCUAUUCUGAA